CGGGGAAUAACGGAGAACGGGACAAGGCGCGUGUUGGAGAUGGGAGACCGGCUCGCCGGCCUGGACAAAGAGAAAUACCCGAAGGAAGAAGAGAGAGGCGAGUCAAUGACCGUUAUGUGCCGCGAUAGCAGGACUAAAGAGCACGGAAAUCUAUUCGUGUGUGCGGCUUAUACGCUAUUUCAAUGAGACACCGGUCCUGUGGAUGACAGUACGCAGGUAGUUAAGGUAGGAGCAAGGCCACGGUCAGUGUUACACUGUGUUACAAAUAAUAUCAUUCAUUGCCGGCUCUUAGGUCUUGACUCGCGAUUUCUUUGGGUUCCCCGACGAUGACGCACGGUUUCGCGACGGAAAAUAUUGUUUGAGUGAUCGUUUUUAGUCGCUAAGGUACUCAGCGACUUCAGGAAGCCGUUCAGAGUGCGAGAAAUCUGUUUCGAUGCUUCAGGGAUUUUACAGUGCAUCGAGAACGCGUAAGAGAAGAAAGUUAACAGAACUUGAGGAAGAGAUAAAUAUGAUUUUCAAUAGAUCUUCAAAAUAUAUACACUUCCUGUUUAAUUCAACCAUUAAUAGUGAAUUAAAGAUUACAUCGAGAAAAGUGGAUAAUAAAUUAAAUUGAUGAAGAUAAAUUAUCUUUUGGAUAAUUCAAAACAUUAUAUAGCAUCAGGAUACUUCGUGAUGCGCUGGAAACUUUUAGAAUGCACAUUCCUCACCGUGUACCAGGAAAUAGACGAACCAGCUUUCCUUUUCAAAUCGUUUAGCUCGUGUUAGGUACUCGUUUAUUUAACUCAAAUUGAUACGAGCAAUGCUUCAUAAUUUUCUUCCAUUCUUAUUUGCAGAAUUGAUACAGUCUCUUCGCAAUUUCUGACGAUUAUUUGUCUGGAGAUUAGAAAAUAUUAAAAGUAAAGACAUUUACCGGAUUCGUUGCCGGUUUUUAGGUCUUGACUCGCGAUUUCUUUGAGUUUCCCGGCAAUGACGCACGGCGAUGACAAUGGAAAUAAUUACUUUUUCGAGUGAUCGUUUUUAGUCGCUGAGGUACUCAGCGACUUCAGGAAGACGUUCAGAAUGCGAGCAGUCUGCUUUGAUGCUUCAGGACUUUUACAUUGCAUCGAGAACGCAUUCUACGCCGAAGAGGAAGCUUGAGAACUUGAGAAAGUUAAAAUGGGUAUCGAGAGCGUUCUGGUAGGGGGUUUAACCUCGGCCUCCACCGGGCUCUCUUGGUUCUUCCCGGUUCUCGCCGCGGCACUCGUCUACUUCCACUACGAAGUUCUAGACAAUGAAGCGCCGCCGAUCAACGUGCCGUCGGAAGUGCUGUUACACUCGUACGAUUUCAUAGUAAUAGGCGGAGGCUCGGCAGGCGCCGUGGUAGCGAAUCGUCUGUCCGAGAUCGAGAACUGGAACGUGCUGUUGUUGGAAGCUGGCGGUGACGAGACGGAGAUUUCCGAUGUGCCUUUGCUCGCUGGCUACCUUCAGCUCAGCCAAUUGGACUGGCAAUACAAGACAGAGCCGCAGUCCGGUGCCUGCCUAGCGAUGAUAAAUAACCAGUGCAACUGGCCAAGGGGCAAAGUGAUCGGAGGCUCGUCGGUCUUGAAUUAUAUGCUUUACUUGCGUGGGAAUAAACGAGAUUACGAUUUGUGGGAACAGCAGGGCAAUCCCGGUUGGGGAUCGCAGCAAGUCCUGCACUACUUCAAAAAGUCUGAAGACAACAAAAAUCCAUAUCUGGUAGGCACGUCGUAUCACGCAGAGGGCGGACACUUGACAGUGCAGGAGGCACCUUGGCAUACACCUCUAGCGGCGGCUUUCGUCCAAGCCGGACAAGAGAUGGGCUACGAGAAUCGCGACAUCAACGGCGAGUGUCAGACUGGCUUUAUGAUCGCACAGGGCACCAUCAGGCGCGGCAGCCGUUGUUCAACCGCGAAGGCCUUUCUCAGGCCGGUACGGCUCAGGAAGAACCUGCACGUAGCGUUACAAGCGCACGCAACCAAGGUGUUGGUGCAUCCCAAGUCCAAGCGCGUUUACGGCGUGGAGUUCGUCAGGGACGGCAAGAUGUUUCGUAUACGCGCAAAUAAGGAAGUGAUCAUAUCCGGCGGUACGAUAAACUCGCCUCAGUUGUUGAUGUUAUCCGGAAUCGGGCCGAAGAAGCAUCUGCAAGAACUCGGGAUCCCCGUGAUCCAGGAUUCUAAUGUUGGUCAUAAUCUUCAAGAUCACAUAAGCUUAGGCGGACUCACGUUUAUGGUGAAUCAAGAGAUCUCCAUGGUGCAGAAGCGUCUGGAGAAUCCUCAGACGGUGAUACAGUACGCCGUUAUGGGCGAUGGGCCCCUGACGGUGUUGGGUGGCGUCGAGGGUCUCGCUUUCGUCAAUACUAAAUACGCGAACACGUCGCUGGACUUUCCUGAUAUCGAAUUACACUUCAUCUCCGGUUCGACCAAUUCGGACGGUGGCACACAGCUGCGUAAGGUGCACGGACUCACGAAGCAGUUCUACGACAGUGUCUAUGGACCGAUCAACGACAUGGAUACGUGGAGCAUACUUCCCAUGCUGCUGCGGCCUAAAAGUCGCGGUGUCAUCAAGCUGCGCAGCAAGAACCCGUUUGACCAUCCUCUUAUCUAUCCAAACUACUUCAAGGAGCCCGAGGAUAUAGCCACGUUGGUCGAAGGGGUGAAGAUCAGCGUGGCUUUGAGUAGAACAGCCGCCUUCCGACGAUUCGGUAGUGAGCUGAACUCGAAACAGUUUCCAGGAUGCAAGCAUAUUCUCAUGUACACCGAUGCUUACUGGGAAUGUAUGAUCAGAUAUUACAGUGCCACGGUUUAUCACCCCGUUGGGACGUGCAAAAUGGGUCCUUACUGGGAUCCCGAUGCAGUGGUAGACCCGCAGCUCAGAGUGUAUGGCGUGGCCGGGUUGCGCGUGAUCGACGCCUCGAUCAUGCCGAAUAUCGUGAGCGGAAACACGAAUGUGCCUACCAUUAUGAUUGGUGAAAAAGGUGCCGACAUGAUAAAGGAGUAUUGGUUGAAGCGGAAGCACGGGCCCGAAUUUAGUGAACGAUUAUUGGGAUUGAUACAAGUGCAUAAAGACGGGCUUCCUCUUGGUUACCAUAAUAACGUUGUUUAUAAGUUGGAAUGCGGUAAUUGUGAGGCUACAUAUGUUGGACAAACCAGCAGAAGACUCUCCACACGUAUUGCCGAGUAUAGGAGAAUCCCAAAGAAUUUACUAAGGAAACUGACGGUUGUACAGGAAUACCGAAUCAAGGAGGAUCACGAUUUUGACUGGGAACAUGUCAAGUCGAGACGGCUAGAAGUCUCAAAUUCGGCAAUGGCUCGCCUGACUGUGGCACGUAUGCUGUCCUCGUUCCGGACGGAGCGGCUCUUCGUCGCGACGUUAUGGUACCUCAUCGUCCAUCUACGUCCGGACAUCCUCGACGAGCAGAACCGUGUGCAAUCGGUGCCGACGCGGGACUUGCUGACCGAAUACGAUUACGUGAUAGUCGGCGGAGGAUCGGCCGGGUCUGUGUUGGCUAGUCGCUUGUCGGAGGACCAAGAUUCCACCGUGCUGUUGCUCGAAGCCGGCGUCGACGAAAUAGUCUUGGUUGACAUGCCGUUGACUAUGCCGAUUCUGCAGCGCACGUUUCUAGACUGGGCCUUCCAAGCGGAACCGUCGUCCAACUACUGCUUGGCGAUGCGGAAUCAUCAGUGCAGAUGUCCACGUGGCAAGGUGCUAGGUGGUACCAGCGUGCUAAACGCGAUGCUUUACGUUCGCGGUAACAAAAGGGAUUACGAUUCCUGGGCAGCACUCGGUAACACCGGAUGGGAUUAUGAGAGUGUUCUGCCGUAUUUCAAGCUGUCCGAAGACGCCAGAGUUAAGGACCUCCAUGACUCGCCGUACCAUCAAAGGGGCGGAUACUUGACGGUAGAACAUUUCAAACAUGUUCCACCGGUUAUCGACUACAUCGUUCGUUCCGGCAAGGAGUUGGGAUACGAGAUACGCGAUAUAAACGGGGAAAAUCAAACUGGAUUCACGUACUCCUAUGGUACCAUAAGGAACGGACUGCGAUGUAGCACCGCCAAGGCUUUCAUCCGACCUGCCUCGAAGAGGAAGAAUCUACACGUCAGCUUGGAAUCGUUGGUGGAAAAGAUCCUCGUGAGAAAUGAUGGCAUAUCGAAAAUAGCGUAUGGGGUGCAAUUUCGCAGAAGUAUGAGACGUUUUGUAGUUCAUGCGAGACGCGAGAUUAUUCUAUCCGCGGGUGUGAUACAAUCGCCGCAGUUGCUGUUGCUGUCGGGCAUCGGACCGCGGAAUCAUCUCGAAGAAAUGAAGAUCCCCGUCGUACAUCACGCAGCUGGCGUAGGAAAGAAUCUUCAAGAUCACGUGGGGAUCGAGUUACUUUACAUGGUCGAUCCUCCGCCCGAUAUCCCGGAUCCGGAUGACUUCACCUUGAGACUAUAUCGACUCGCGUCGACGGAUACUCUGCAGCAAAUGAUAGAGAAUAAUUCCGGCCCGCUCUACAUGGGUCUCAUUGGCGCGGGAAUGGCAUUCAUUAACACCAAAUAUGCGAACGAAACGUCCGAUUUCCCAGACAUUCAGCUACUCUUCUCAGGCGCCUCGGGUUUGUCAGACUCCGGAAUUGGCGUCUUACGUGAUGAAGACAUCGAGCCGCGCAUCAUCACUGACUUCUACAACAAUAUGACAGACAACCAGACUUUCGAGUUUCACGUGAUUCUCCUUAGACCACAUAGCAGAGGACACAUCAAGCUCAAAUCUAAUGAUCCCGAUAAGGCUCCCGAAAUAGUUCUCAAUUACUUCGACGAUCCUCGCGAUCUACAAGUUCUGGUGGAGGGCGUGAGAUUUGUGGAGAGAGUGAGUUGCACUCAAGUCAUGCGGGAGAUAAACGCGCGACCUAAUCCUAACAUGGUUCAAGGUUGCUCGCAGUACGACAGCUCCUCGGACGAAUACUGGGCGUGCUAUGCACGUCACUUGACAGCAUCGAUUUACCAUCUGAGCGGCACUUGCAAGAUGGGCCCGAUUAGCGACAGUCAGGCCGUAGUCGAUGCCAGAUUAAGGGUGCACGGUGUCACGGGAUUGCGAGUGGUCGACGCAUCGAUAAUGCCGACUAUCGUCUCUGGUAAUACUAACGUACCGGUGAUUAUGAUCGCAGAGAAGGCGUCGGAUAUGAUAAAGAAGGAUUGGUUGAAUGUGGCUUGAUCCUAGCGUCUUCGCUCGUCCCGGAAUAAAUAUGCGCCUGGUAUAAAAUUCUAGCUUUGCCUUUACUAGAUUUCGUAUUUUCAGAUGUGAAACACGCUUGUUAUUAUGCUUAAUGAAUACCGCUCUAGAUUGAUAAUUCACUGAUAAUCUCCGACUUUUGACAUACAUUGAUCGCUCGACCAAACGAAUCUAAGAUAAGUAACUGAAUAUGUUAAUCGAGAAUUGUGUUAGCAAUUACAUAAUAAGGUAAAUAAUUGCAUAUGCUAAUCGAGUAUUAAGUAUUAUAUAAUAGUUACAUAGUAAUAACAGUUUUCUAUGCAGCUUAAGUAAAAUGCCUAUUAACACAACUACUAACACAUUAAUAACGCAAUAGCUGUGCAAUUCAUUUUCUCCACGUAAGAUCAACGUAAUUCAUUAGUCUCUAUUUAUUUGCGUAUAAUUUUACGCAUCUUGUGUAUGAUUUUGGUGGUGUGAAAGCUCGUGUGAUGUGGCAUACUAGAACUUGUAGAUCGCGAGGAUCGUCGAAGUAAUUGGUGGCUAUUUCGGGAGCCUUAUCGGGAUCGUUCGGGAUUUGAGCUCGAUGUGUCCUCUGCUAUGUGAUUUAAGAAGAAUCACGUGAAACUCGAAAGUCUGCUUGUCUGUCAUAUUGGGCGCAUUCAGUAGAAAAAGCGCUCAGUGAGCAAUCAACGAUUAUUGGUUCUUGCUAUUAGAUCCCUAAAUCUAGACCAAUUACAUUGACAAAUUACUCAACUGUUGUGCAACUGUUGAGUCUACUGAAUGCAGCCAUUGUUGUAGAACUCAGUGAUGAUGCGUGGCUCGAUGUCUUCGUCACGUAAGACGCCAAUUCCGGAGUCUGACCCGAGGCGCCUGAGAAGAGUAGCUGAAUGUUUGGGAAAUCAGGCGUUUCGUUCGCGUAUAUGCAUCGCAAUUGAUUGAUGUGACUAGUAGUUGACAUGCCAUUAAUAUAAUUAUUAACACAACUCUCGAUUAGCAUAUGCAAUUAUUCACGUUAAAUUCGUUUAGCUGAACGAUUGAUGUAUGUUAAAAAUCGAAGGUUAUUAGCGAGUUAUCAAUCUAAAGCAGUAUCCAUUAAGUAUAAUAUAUAUGAAUCGCAGAAAAGUCUUUUUCGUAGACACAUAUAAUUAUUAUAAUAUCUAAUACGCAUUGACUUAGGAAUGGAGUGAAAGUAGCCUCGAAAACUAAUCUAUGAUUAGUGUUAUAUCCUGCGCGGACUUUGUGUAAUUUUAACGCGUCCCAGCAGUCGUUCCGUAAAAAAGACCAUAAAAACUAUUUUAAUUUUCCAAAAACUUACACAUAUACGACGGUCUUCUUUACUGAUGUUGUUACAAAACAGUAUGUUAUUUAUUUAUAUAUAUAUAUGUGUGUGUGUGUGUGUGUGUAUUACUUAUUAUUUAUCAAUCUUCUUCAAGAAAAGCACAUAAAUAUCUUUAGCACCUCUUGGCCAUGGUCUUUUUUGAAUUUGCGUAUCAUCAACUUCAAUCUAAAUAUUAGAACUUUCCUCUCUAUAUAUAUUUGUAUAAUGAUCAUUAUCGAUACUUGAUCCAUAUGAAAUAUAGCAUUCAUGACUUUAUAAAACUGGCCAGCUAUUAAUACUUUAGUUGUUGGAACGGCGCAUAAAUUAAUUGUAUGUAUUUUUACUAAUUUACUAUCCUAUAAUAGAAAUAAUAUACGUAUAACAAUUAUUUUUUGAGUCUAAAUUCAUUUUUAAGUAACAUGUUAUUUUCUGCACAAUGUUCACAUGUGAUUAAUUAAACGAUUGCUACCAAUAUGUAACAUUUAUCAAAUCUUGAAAUUUGUAACUUCUCUCCUUAAAAUUGUUAAUAGGAAUUGAAAUAAUUAUAUUAUUAUUUGUAGUAUAUUUUGUAUUAUCGCAAGAUUUGCAUCGACUUAUAAUAUUUACCUUAUAAAUUAUAAUACCUCCAAUAAAUUUCUUAUAAUCAUAUUAUGUACAAAGAACUAAGAAAUAAGAAGAGCUAAGAGCUAAGAAGAGCUAAGAGUAAGAAAUUCAUAUGCAUCUCGUUUUUUAUUAUUGGAAAAAUACUCUCGUAAAUAUUGCCGUAUCGCAUAUAUAUUCAGUUUAGUGAGUCCAUUUUCAUAUUGAUGCGCUAAUUUACUUAAAACAUUUAGUUUUUCAGAAAUAAAUAAUUGUUUUAUGAAUACUAUAUUUUUAUUGUAUUUACGUCUAUACUAUAUGACUAAACUGUAAUCCUAAUAUCUCGGACUAAAACUGAAAUCCCACGAUAAAGGAAAGAUACAUGUGACGAACAGGAAUAGAAAAUAUUGAUGAAACAAUAGACUUUAAACAUGUAUUUCACCUUUCGAGAUAGACAAUAUAAUAAAUAAUUCUCUUAAAUAAUUUUCUUUCGAAUUACGUCAGAACAAUCACAAACGGGAAGAACUCUUUGUUAGAUGUAAUCUAAAAUCUAAAAUUUUCAUUGAACCAUCACUUUUGAUCCAACGCCUUCGCUCUAGAUAAAGAAAUUCAGUUCUCUGACCUAAAGUAAGACCAACGGCGUACGUCGCGAUUAGCGUAAAAAAACUUGUAAUUUUUUACUUGUGCCACGUAGGUACAUACGGAUCUCGCAAGCGCGAGCGUGACAGUUGCGCUCACGAGCAUAUCUGUAAUAUCUUCAAAAUCUCAUGCGAUAAAUUACUAAAACAAUAUUUUUAAACCAGAGAGCUCGCACAUUUAAUCAUUUAAAAUCUAACUCAAGAAUCUGAGCUCAUAAAAUGAUAACCCAUUGUUAAACACAAUAAAAACAAAACUUUUAUAAUUUUA